AUGCCAACGUCGCCGACUCAGCAUGGGAUGAUCAUCCCAACCAAGCCUUCGGUUCCUAUAAUGUACUCCUUCAUCGAGAGUGCUCAACAGCGCCAAGCCAAGGCCCUCGUGAUAUUCUGCAGCGGUCUGUGUGAUCCGAUGAAUGUCUGGUUCCCAACACUGGCGGCCGUAGCAAAAAAGAGAAAGCAGAAGCCCCGUCCUCCGAUGCUCCUUUACGAUCGCUUUGGUUCUGGCGCAACUGGUCCGGAUCCGACAGACAAAGGCAAAGGCGAACAAGAUACGCACGAUGUUAUGGCCUCUGUUCGCGAUCUGCGAGAGCUGCUUAUUUGCAUAGCGCAGCGGCACUUAGCCAUACCGCCGAGUGAAAUCGAUGCCCUACGGCUCGUGUUUGUAGCCCAUUCAAUGGGCGCUAUCAUCGCGGAGCUCUACGCCAAGACAUACCCGAAAACCGUGGCCGCAUUGCUUGUGCUCGAUGGAGCACCCACAAAUUCUGAUGGGCAGAGCUGGUAUCCAGACCCGGAUUCAUUAAAUUUUUCACCCGCUGCACUGCCCGAGGGGGUCACGCCUGAGCUCUUGCGAACGGCAAGAAAGCAACAGCGAGCAAGUGUCUAUAACCCAAAUACCGUAAACGGUGAACAACUACGAUGGAGCAAUCUUUCAGACUACAUCCCGAACGUCGGUGCUCCCAAACUACGGGGUCCAAUGAAUGGUACCCCGCUGCUUACCGUAAUGGCACAUGAUCCGGUUCCAUUUGCAAAGCAGGUAAAGAAGGUCAGUCGAUCUAUCGUGAAUCACAAUAACCUUGCCACGUGGAGAAUCUAA